AUGUCUGCCGUUCUCAAACAGCGAAUUCGAUACAAGCCCUACUUGGACAAGAUCCGAACUGCCGCCCAGUGCGUCGAUCUGUUUGGCGCAAAGCCCAACCAGUACAUUGGAUGGUCCGGUUUCACCGGAGUCGGAGCCCCCAAGGUUGUCCCCGAUGCUGUCUCCAAGCACGUUGAGGAGAACAACCUGCAGGGACACGAGAACUGGCGAUACAACCUGUUCGUCGGCGCCUCUGCCGGUAUGGAGAUCGAAUCUCGAUGGGCCAACAACAACAUGAUUGCCCGAAGAUCUCCCCAUCAGGUCGGAAAACCAAUCGCUGCUGCCAUCAACGAGGGUCGAACCGACUUCUUCGACAAGCAUCUGUCCAUGUGGGCCCAGGAUCUCACCUACGGCUUCUACACCCGAGAUAAGAAGGAGAACUCUCUAGACAUCGCUGUCAUUGAGGCCACCGCCAUCACUGAGGACGGUCAUCUGAUCCCUGGUCCCGCCGUUGGUGCCUCCCCUGAGAUUGUCCACAUGGCUGACAAGAUCAUCAUUGAGCUCAACACCAAGACUCCUUCCUUCGAGGGUCUUCACGACAUCAACAUGCCUGUCCUGCCUCCCUUCCGACAGCCUUACCAGAUCACCGACGUUUCCCAGAAGAUGGGAACUCCUUACAUCCCUCUUGACCCCUCCAAGGUCGUUGCCAUCGUCGAGUCUGAGUUUGCUGAUGUUGUUGGUGCCAACUCUCCUGCCGAUGAGGGCUCUAAGGCCAUUGCUGCCAACCUCAUUGAGCUCUUCCAGCAGGAGGUCAAGGCCGGCCGACUGCCCGAAAACCUGCUGCCUCUCCAGUCCGGUAUCGGUAACAUUGCCAACGCCGUCGUCGAGGGUCUGGCUGAUGCCUCCUUCAAGGACCUUAACGUCUGGACCGAGGUGCUGCAGGAUUCCUUCCUGGACUUCUUCGAGUCCGGCAACCUCAACUUCGCCACUGCCACCUCCAUCCGUCUGACCGAGGACGGCUUCAAGCGAUUCUUCGACAACUGGGACGAGUUCUCCAAGAAGCUGCUGCUGCGAUCCCAGGUUGUGUCCAACAACCCCGAGAUCAUCCGACGACUCGGUGUCAUCGCCAUGAACACCCCCGUCGAGGUUGACAUCUACGCCCACGCCAACUCCACUUGUGUCAACGGCUCCAAGAUGCUGCAUGGUCUGGGAGGCUCCGGUGAUUUCCUCCGAAACGCUAAGCUCUCCAUCAUGCACACUCCCUCCGCUCGACCCUCCAAGACCGAUCCCCUCGGUAUCUCUUGCAUUGUCCCCUUCGCCACCCACAUCGACCAGACCGAGCACGAUCUGGACAUUGUCGUUACUGAGCAGGGUCUGGCCGAUCUCAGAGGCCUCUCUCCCAAGGAGCGAUCUCGAGAGAUGAUCAACAAGUGUGCCCACCCCUCCUACCGAGACCAGCUGCUUGCUUAUGUCGAGCAGGCCGAGUUUGAGUGCGCCAAGAGCCGAUCUCUCCACGAGCCCCACGUUCUCAAGAACGCCUUCAAGAUGCAUACUAACCUUGCCGAGAACGGAACCAUGCGUCUCGACAAGUGGUAA